GAAGUCUUUUAUCAGACCACAGAAUAGAACGAAUGAAUGCAGCUCCGCCUUAGAAUGGAAUUAAAAAUGUGCAUUGUUUGAGAAUCCACUAGAAUUUUGCGGCAGUCACAAAAUGGCCAGUCGAUACUCAUUGAAGGGAAAGGUAUUACCAAAGCUGGUUUCCUCGAUCUGGUUAAUUGUUUUAUUUAAUGUGCCAUACAGCGUGCUCUCAGAUGAUGUGAAUUGUAUUGUCCACAAUGAAGAAUUUAUGGAGUGUACGUGGAGCCACAAUGGAGGGAAGAUAAACUACACCCUGUACUACUGGUAUGGCUCAAACCCAGCAGAGGAAUGUAGAAACUACAUUCAGCAGGAUGGCUAUAACAUUGGGUGCAAUUUCUCAGCCAAUGAGAUUGUACAAUUCAAAGACUUUUAUGUUUUCAGAAAUGGAUCCAAUGACUCACAAAAUAUUUCAAGAGCAGCCCAAAUUUUUCAUCUCCAGGACCAAGUGAAACCCUUUCCUCCUGGGAACCUGGUGGUGAAUGCCACAGAAGACAAUGGGCUCCUCCUGCAUUGGGAUGCUCCGAUGCCAACAGAGAGAUGUCUGGAGUAUGAAGUCAGGCACCAGAAUAAUAAGGAGAAGGAGUGGCAGAAAGCAUCAGUUUCAAUGCAAAGGAACUUUAAUUUGGCAAGUGUGGACCCAGAGAAGUUCUACACCUUUCAAGUGAAAAGCAAGGUUAACAUCUAUUGUGGCACAACUCAGCUGUGGAGUGAGUGGAGCCUCCCUGUUCACUGGGGUAAAAACGAUACCCAAAAAGAGAAUUCAAAAGAGGCAUUCCGCACCUACAUCACUGUGAUUUCACUAGUGGGAUUAAUUUUACUUGUGAUUUGUCUAAUAAGAAGUGAAAGGUUGAAGGUGAUUAUCAUCCCAAAAAUUCCAAAUCCAGGCAGAAAUUUUGAUCCUCUUUUCAACAAUCACAAUGGAAACUUUCAGGAUUGGCUUGGCGUCUCAAAGGAUACAUUGGAAGGCUUCAAAUCAAGCUACCAUGAGAACGUGUGCAUUGUGAGUGAAUCCCCACCUGAUUCCAUCCAGAGUAGUAUCCAUGGCGGGUCCUAUGAGCAUCUUGGAAGGACGGAGAUCCCGGGAAAGUCCUUCAGUCCUGACGGCAAGGGAGAGGCUCAUCCAAAAUUCACCUCUCCUGCAACGUUAUUUUCUGAUAUUGCCGUUUUUGUAGAGAGCAGUAGGUAUGACAUCAAUGAAAAUAUUUACGUGAGAGUCUAGUAUUUGUGAUGUUACAUCAUGGGGGAAUUCCCAAUUAUGGCAGUGAAAGGUCCUUCUUUCAGGAAUAAAAUCAACAAGACCAUGAAUUUUCCAGCAACCUCCCUAAGGAAUUAAAAGGAUAUAUCUUAAUAAGUUCAGUCAGCUUAUGAAAGAGAAACAUCCAACCUUUUGCCCUAAAAAAACAAUGGUCCUUUUUGUCUUUUCCCAGCAUUUUACAUUUAUGCUUCAGAUUUAUGGCAAAGUAUGUCUUUUCUUUUCAUCUCUCAAGUACAUAUAAUACUCAGAGAGUUGGACCAGAAUAAAAGACAUUGUGUGUCACCCAGAUGACCUUUUCCUUCCUCAGAUUUCCGGGAUUUUUAUGCCCCUUUGUUUAGAUUUCCAGACUCAACAGCAUUUUGCUUCUGGAUAAGUUAAAUACCGCUUUAUUUUUCAUUCUGCAUUUGAAGGAUGAAUUCCAAACUGAAGGCUGCUGAGAGGAUCAGCAGUCUUGGGACAUGCUGAUCCAGAAUUGCUCGGCCCAAAGCUUUCAUCUACUUGUUUAGAUAGGCUGCUGGCCAAUGACUUAUUGCUCACUGUUCUCUGUGAGUGCCACCAAUUGCUAAGAGUUUCCAAUUGGGAAAUCUGCCAUUUGCCUUCAAAAUAUCGAAUGAGUAUUUUAUGUUGAUGUUGUCUUUUUAAUAGAUGUAAGUAUAGAAUGGUCAACUUAACGGAGAGAAUUGAUACUUGAUCUUUCCUAUUAUAAAAAUACGGAAAGUGGGACCAUAGUGGAUUAAAUAUAAAAUAACAAGUAGUGUGCUUCCAGGCUAUAUCACAUCUCAUAAAUCGAGCAACAUCAUAAGCUGUGAGAAGCUGUCAAAUAUUUGGUCUGAUUCAUGAAAUGUGUCACAACCUCAAAGUACACUGGUACCAUACUGUCGCAGUGUUUGUAUGUAACGCUUAUAUGACACUGAUCUGAGAGUUUGUUUUUUGCUUUAUUUCAUUUUUUGUUGAGGCUAUAGCGACACCAAGUCUGGCUGAGGAGCAAAACAGUGAGCAAGAACUGACCGAAGGGGGAGAGAGAGAGAGAAAGGAGAGAGAGAAAGAGAGAGAGAGAGAGAGAGAGGGAGAGAGAGUGACCAGCAGCCUGAACAUUAUAGCAUGGGAGUCAUUUGAUUGUUACUGUGUUGUGGUGUCACAAGUGAUUUACACCAGGCUGUUGCAACUUUUAAUACCCAGCUUGAUGCUAAGUUAACAGAAGCUUUUGUUUUGUACUUUUUAUUAUUCUGUAAUUUAGUCUCCAUUAUACUUUUAAAAUUUUGUUAAUGCAUUUGAAGGUAAUUUAAUUUUACCUGGGCAGGGAUUGUAAAAUGUUUUUAAAAUUUUGCUUUUGAAUAAACCAUUACUUGGUGUUUUGUCGCUCAUUUCAAGUAGAUGUUAAAAUUUAUAAAGCUGGCAACAUUGACAAAUGGCCAAAAGCAGCAAUGUGUUUUGGUCUCUCCCUCUAUUUUUACCUCUGUGGACUUCAGGAAAGGUAGAUCAAUCUAGAAUCCUUUUAUCAAAUUAGCAAUCUUGAUCAAUUAUAGUAAGAAUUCAGAUCAAUAAAACAGAAUUUGUCAAAAGAAUGACCAUAAAUAGAAACAGUCAUUUUAACGGUUGAUUGUGGUAGUAAAACACUGAAAAUUUCGCUAUUUUCUUUGCAGACAACACCUUCAUUGAAUUGGAAAAAUUGCUUGAAAUUACAGGAGUCCAGAGUUUUCCACUUGUGUUUAAAUCCUACAUGCACUCGGUAUACUACAGUGAAAAUAGCUAUUGCUGAGUAAAGGCUGAAAAAAUUCACAAUGUUCAGGCAGAUUUAAGUAACUGUUCUAUGUUUCCACAAAGAGCUUAAGAAAAAGGUUUGGAGAUUGCGUAGAUAACGCGCACUAACCAGGCAGGCAGACAAGCAGUGCCCCAUAUGUUAAAUCACCCUUUCCCUUCCAAUAUUUGCCUUCCAUAGACUUCACCCUGCAUAUUACAGAAGGAGAAAUUGGUGUGUAUUGACAAGAAAGUAUGGAUGACAUAUUUAAAUUGAAAAAGCAAUAGGACCUGCUGACCAGUCUGAAUAAGCAAGUUUUCAAAUGCUUAUAAUGACAAAUGAAAGGUUGCCCUUAGUGUGAUAAACAGGAAAGGGAGAGGUGAACCUGUUAAUAUGCUAUUACUCAAACACACACCAAGCUCGUGUGAGAAGUAUUACUUUUCCCAUGGCUGUGCAUAUUUUCACCUAGCACAGAGAACAGAACUCUGUUGCUGUCAGAAGAAUAAUUCUAUAGAUGUUUUCUUCCUUUCAUGGGAAUUAUUUACUGUGUAUUGGAUUUCACCUGCCCUGGAUCCUUCAAAUUGUGCUUACGAUAAUUGCCAAUCCAUUACUGUGUUGAACGAAAAGACACACAUUUAUAUAAUCCUGAUGUAGGGUUUUGACCCAAAAUGUCGAUAAUUUCUUUCCUCCCACAGGUGCUGCUCAACCCGCUGAGUUCCUCCAGCAGAUUGUUUGUUACAUUUAUAUAGCGCACCUUUUAUGUCCUUCCAAGUUGCUUUACAACUAAACAUGUAAUAAAGCAUAAUACACUUGCAGUUGCUAGAAGUUGUGUGUGAGCGGACCUUUAUGUCCCUUCCAUUCUCCCUCCUUAGCUGUUCAAAGCACAAGGGCCAUUUAUUGUCUCUCCCCACAAACAAUUUUUGAGCUUCAAGCGUUCAUUAUGUGGAGAAUUAUGUUUGAGAAGCACUUUGAAGCAUACUGAACUGAAGCUAAAAGCUGCUGUCCCUCCACAACUCUUCUUUUGAACCGCCAACUGCAUCAUAUAAUUGUCUGCUAUUUUUCAACAAGUUAAUUCAAGCAUUGUGAUUUACUUUUUUUUAUUGCAAAAACUAUUUGUGUUCUGGCAUAAUAGAAGGUUGUGAGUUUUUAAAUGGACUUUUUGUCGGGAUCCUUAACAUAUAAGUCAAACCCCUGACAGGAAGUCCAAUCCCUCUUCAACUCCCUCACAAGUCACAGAAACAGAUUGCUGAUAUGGCUCAAUUAUUUCAGUUGGAUUGGGACAAGGGCUGAGAUGAGGAAAGCCAACUUGACCUUUCAGACUGAAAGAUGACCCUGAUUAUUCUGUUUUUGCUCCAGGCUAUUUCUUUGAGCAUUUCCUAUAGACAUUGACAAUUGCAUUAAUGAAUAUAACUGCAAAAGCCUAUGAUUAUUUUCUAUUGGCUCUCAGUACAUCAAGAGUUACACUAGUUUGCUGCUCUGCAUUGUGCAUGGAUCAUAUCCUGUAAUGAAUAAAUAAAUAAA